CCCAUUCUUUUCUGAGACAGUACUAGUGCGGUCACGUUACCAUACUGUGAAUUUUAAUACAUUAAACUAUAUUUAAUUUUUGUAAUCCCACUACCUUUGAUAAAAACCUAUGAAGGUUUUCAUAAUUAUACCCUCCAUUUGUUUUAUCAUCUUUAACAACAUUCCAUUUGAUUUUAAUUCUGUGAUUUGCCCCACUGCAACUGUUAGCGUCGAGUUUAGCUUUCUGUUCUUCCAGAACUUCCUGUCUGAUUCUUUCAAGUUCUUCUUCCACUUGUCUAGAACCUUCUUUGCGUAAUCUUUCAAUCUCCUCUUUUAGUUUCUCAUCUGCAGAUUUUGUUUUAUAACCGGCAGCCGCACGUCGUUCACGAGCUUCUAAAUCCUCUUUCAGUUUUCUCCUUUUACUGUCAAGUUCCUUAUGUCUUAUCGCAGCUUCUUUACGACCUUUUAGAACUGCAUCAUAUGCUUUUCUAGCAGUUUCGUCUAUUAACACUUCAAGAAUUCGAGACAGCUGGUGAAAUUCUUUUGCUGCAUUUGGAUUGUCCGGGUUUUUGUCUGGAUGGCACUGAAGGGCUUUUUUUCUGUACGCUUUUUUAAUCUGGUGAAAUGGAAGAGCUUCAAGAAUCUGAGCUUGGGAGCCAAGAGUACUGGAAUAACCGUUAUAAGGAAGAAAUAGAGAAUUUUCAAGACCAUGGCGAUCCUGGUGAAGUAUGGUUUGGUGAAGAUACGGUCAACCGUCUCAUAAAAUGGAUAGAAAAAAAUAGAACCGUAACUAAAGAAUCAAAAAUUCUUGAUGUUGGUUGUGGUAACGGAAUGUUUUUAAUAGAAUUGGCCACAGAAGGCUAUACAAAUUUAUUCGGGGUUGAUUACUCAAAUGAUGCUAUAACUUUGGCGAAGUCAAUAGCUCAAAAACAAGGUCUCAAAAUACAGUAUUCUGAAUGCGAUAUCUUGGAAAAACUGGAUGGUCAGUUUGACAUUAUCCACGAUAAAGGGACCUAUGACGCCAUCAGUUUGAAUGCAAAUAUUACAGAAUUUAGAGGAAAGUAUCUAGAAAAUAUGCACAAAGCUUUAGUCCAGAACGGGUUUUUUAUUAUCACAUCAUGUAACUGGACGAAAGAUGAAUUAAAUGAACACUUUAAAAAUCAUUUUGAUUGUGUUGAUAACAUACCAACACCCCAAUUUCAGUUUGGUGGAAAAACAGGAAAUACAGUUACGUCUUUAGUUUAUAAAAAAAUAUAGACCGGUUUUGCAAUGCAAGUUUAUUUAUUUUUGUGGAACAAUUAUAUCUUGUGUAAAAACAUGAAGUGAUGUUUUGAAUACACUAAAAUGUGAUUUUAUUUUCUACAACUUGACUGCUCCAUCUAAGCAAAUUUAGAUUUAGAAACAAAUUAUUUGUACGCUAGGAAUUACGAUUUACAAUGUAAUGUAGUGACGUCUAAACUGUAAUGAAUAAAUAAUAUUAACAAGUA